AAUGCCAAAUGAAAAUCAAAUAAAUUGGUGCGAUGCUCAUGAAAAGAGUAUGAAAGCGUGUGAAAGCAAGACUUCCCCCAAAUUACAUAUUACAAUUUACAACUACUACGUCCACUACCAUUCUCUCUCUCUACAUCUUUCUCUCUCUAUCAGUCACCGCCACUUUCACCACCAUUUUUGCUUUUGCCCCAACCCCAUUUCACAUUAUCAUAAUAUUGUUCUCAACUCUUCCAGUUUCUUACAUAUAUAUAUAUAUAUAUAUAUAUAUAUAUAUAUAUAUAUAAGUUCUAGCUUCAACACAGACUUAAAAGCUCGCUCUCUCUAUCUUCCUCUCAUUUCCCCUCUCUCUCUCUCUCUCUCUCUAGAAUAUAUAUAUAUAUAUAUAUAUAUAUAUAAGCAAUGUUGAGAAGGAGCAUUGCAUUGGUAUUUACUAUUGUGGUUGUUUUUGGGAUCCAAACAUGCUUGGCACAGAUGAAUAGAGGAAGCUUUCCAAAGGGUUUUGUGUUUGGAACUGCCUCUUCUGCUUACCAGUAUGAAGGAGCAGUGAAAGAUGAUGGAAGAGGUGCGACUAAUUGGGACGUAUUUGCACACACAUUCGGUAAGAUACUUGAUGGCAGUACUGGAGAUGUUGCUGUCGAUCAAUAUAAUCUCUAUACCGGAGAUAUACAACUCAUGAAGGAUAUGGGAAUGGAUGCCUAUAGAUUUUCAAUUGCUUGGUCUAGGAUCUUUCCCAAUGGAACCGGCCAAGUCAAUCAAGCGGGAGUUGAUCAUUACAACAGUUUCAUCAAUGCUUUACUCGCCAAUGGAAUUGAACCAUAUGUCACCCUCUAUCAUUGGGACCUUCCUCAAGCCUUGGAAAACAGAUAUGGAGGAUGGCUCAACCCCCAAAUCAUAAAGGAUUUCGCUGCAUAUGCGGAAACAUGCUUUGAGAAAUUCGGUGACAGGGUGAAGCAUUGGAUAACGUUCAAUGAGCCCCAUACAUUUGCCAUACAAGGCUACGACGUGGGUCUCCAGGCACCGGGACGUUGUUCCAUCCUUCUUCACCUCUUCUGCAGAGCUGGGAACUCUGCAACUGAACCUUACAUAGUUGCCCACAACACCCUUCUUUCUCAUGCAACCGCGACGGAUAUAUACAGGAAAAAAUAUAAGCCAAAACAACAUGGAUCGAUUAUGGUGUCAUUUGAUGUCAUAUGGUAUGAACCUGCGACAAACUCAACUGAGGACAUUGAAGCAACACAAAGAGCACAAGAUUUUCAGCUAGGCUGGUUUAUUGAGCCUUUGAUCUUUGGAGACUAUCCAAGCUCGAUGAAAAGUAGAGUAGGAAGCCGGUUGCCAAAGUUUUCCAAAGCUGAGUCAGCUCUUCUUAAGGGGUCAUUGGAUUUUGUGGGCAUAAAUCACUACACCACAUUUUAUGGCGUGAACAAUAAAUCUAAUUUAAUUGGUGAUCUACUCAACGACUCCCUUGCAGAUGUUGGUGCUAUUACCCUCCCUUUCAAAGAUGGAAAACCUAUAGGAGACCGGGCAAAUUCCAUAUGGUUGUACAUCGUACCUGAUGGGAUCAGAAGCUUAAUGAAUUACAUCAAGCAAAAGUACGGGAAUCCACCGGUCAUUAUCACUGAAAAUGGGAUGGAUGAUCCUAAUGACCCAUUUACGCCUAUCAAAGACGCUCUAAAGGAUGAAAAAAGGAUCAAAUACCACAAUGACUAUCUCGCGAGCUUGCUAGCUUCCAUCAAAGAAGAUGGAUGCAACGUACAAGGUUAUUUUGUAUGGUCUCUAUUGGAUAACUGGGAGUGGGCAGCUGGAUUUUCUUCCCGGUUUGGCCUCUAUUUUGUUGAUUACAAGGACAAGCUCAAGAGAUACCCCAAGGAUUCGGUUAAAUGGUUCAAGAGCUUCUUGACUUCUACUUGAAAAAUCGGAUGACUGAAGCUGAUAUAUGCCACUGUACAAUACACAGAAAAUACGCACACACACACACACAAAUGUUGAUAUGUAUAAGGGGCCUUUUGGUGCAUGUUCUUUAGAUUGAAACAUUUCAUUGUGACAGAACUGUGUUUACUUACAUAUGUUAUUGAUUCAUAAA